CCAUGGAUCCCAGUGUCCUGCUCCUUUUUGCUCUUCUUGCAGGCUUCUUGCUACUCUUGAUCAGGGGCCAGGGAAACCGAUAUGGCCAUCUUCCACCAGGACCCUGUCCCCUGCCCCUCUUGGGGAACCUUUUGCAAAUGGACAGAAGAGGUCUCCUCAAGUCUUUUAUUCAGCUUCGUGACAAAUAUGGAGAUGUGGUCACAGUGCACUUGGGACCAAGGCCCAUAGUCAUGCUGUAUGGAACCGAGACCAUAAGGGAAGCUCUGGUGGACCAUGCUGAGGCUUUCUCUGGCCGGGGAACAGUUGCUGUGGUUCAGCCAAUUAUACAGGACUAUGGUGUGAUCUUUGCCAAUGGGGAACGUUGGAAGAUCCUUCGGCGAUUCUCUCUAGCCACCAUGAGAGACUUUGGGAUGGGAAAGCGAAGUGUGGAGGAGAGGAUAAAAGAGGAGGCCCAAUGUUUGGUGGAGGAACUGAAGAAAUACAAGGGAGCCCCACUGGACCCCACCUUCUACUUACAGUGCAUUACAGCCAACAUCAUCUGCUCCAUUGUCUUUGGAGAACGUUUUGACUACACAGACCACCAGUUUCUGCACCUGCUUGACCUGUUCUAUGAGAUCUUGUCACUUGUUAGCUCAUUCUCCAGCCAGGUGUUUGAGCUUUUCCCUGGCUUCCUGAAGUACUUUCCUGGAACCCACAGACACAUCUCCAAAAACAUAGAGGAAAUCCUCAACUUCAUUGGCCAUUAUGUGGAGAAGCACAGGGUCACAUUAGACCCCAGCACUCCACGAGACUUCAUAGAUACCUACCUUCUCAGAAUGGAGAAGGAGAAAUUAAACCACCACACAGAAUUCCAUCACCAGAACCUCAUGAUGUCUGUGCUCUCUCUCUUCUUUGCUGGCACUGAGACCAGCAGCACCACACUUCGCUAUGGUUUCCUGCUCAUGCUCAAGUACCCCCAUGUUGCAGAGAAAGUCCAAAAGGAGAUUGAUCAGGUGAUUGGCUCACACCGGGUCCCAACCCUUGAUGACCGCAUCAAAAUGCCAUACACUGAUGCAGUCAUCCAUGAGAUUCAGAGAUUUUCAGAUCUUGUCCCGAUUGGUCUGCCACACAGAGUCACCAAAGACACAUUGUUCCGAGGGUACCUGCUCCCCAAGAACAUUGAGGUGUACCCCAUCCUGAGUUCAGCACUCCAUGAUCCACAGUACUUUGAACACCCGGACACCUUCAAUCCUGAGCACUUCCUGGAUGCCAAUGGGGCACUGAAGAAGAAUGAAGCUUUUCUGCCCUUCUCCACAGGAAAGCGUGUUUGUCUUGGUGAAAGCAUUGCCCGCAAUGAAUUGUUCCUUUUCUUCACUACCAUCCUCCAGAACUUCUCUGUGUCCAGCCCUGUGUCUCCUAAGGACAUUGAUCUCACUCCCAAGGAGAGUGGCUUUGCCAAAAUACCUCCAACAUACCAGAUCUGCUUCUUAUCUCGCCAAUUGGGCUGAGGCAAACAAGUAUCUCAUCUGUUGAGAAUAGCUUUAUCUUUGUGCCUCAGAGAGAGCAGCUGGAAUCCAGGCCCAAGGUCACUGCUCACACCCUUCCUCCUACUGCAGUUCUCUAAUCCCCAAUGUGUGUUCAUCUCCUGUGAAUGGAAUGGAGAAAUCAAUCAACUGUCUUGAUGUGUGAACAGAGACGUCUGAAGGUCACUUCUCAUCCUGAGUCACUUCCAUCUUCCUCCCAACAGCCCAAGACCUCACUUAUCAUCUCUCCACAAUUCAUAGUUUAUGCUAAUUCACUCUGUAUAAGGUUUGAAUUCUAUGUCUACAGUCUUGCCUAGUAUGUAUGGUUCAAGUAAACAGAAUCACCGAGUUUGUGA